CCCACUCCCCCUCGAAUAUGGCUGCAGUGACUCUGAAGACGUUAUGCGAUCCUCAGCCUUCACUAUUGGAUGCGAAGUGUCUUCCUUUGAUACUUUUAGGACGAUAAACAUCGAUAUCCAUAGCUACAUUUAAUUUAUGCGAUGGCUUUUCAUGCCAACAAGUGCUGCCGCAUUGUACUGGGCAACCAUUACGUUGUUAAGGCCCUGUCAACGCAGCACAUUAAACUAUUUGCGCCAAGCUCAACAGCCAAAAUGCUGCGGUUCUAUUCCAGUGACACGCAAGAGGAAAAUGAACUUGAACUCGUAACUCUUGCACACUCAAGUGCAGCUGUCACCGUAACGACACAGGAGGUGGCUGUCCCAGGGGGCCRGAGGCGAAGGUUAAACGAGGACGUUCUACCCUUCUCUGCCUUCCUGACAGGCGACUUUUGUCGAAGACGCAGCUACCUGCGCGUCUCCAUGAUGGGGGAUUGCAACCUUCGUUGUAAGCAUGACAAAGGCACCACAGCCAAAAGGCCUCUGUCCCUGCCCAAGACCAGAAUCAGCCAGGGGUCCCCCACACCCCUCUCCUAUGUCCCCCAUCCUAGAGUCCUCACCUCAGCUAUGGCCCUCCAACAGUACCACUCCAGAAGCGGGRGUGGCCAACACAGUAAGGAUGUUUCGUGCCUUUCAGGCUACACUGUUUCAACAGUGCAACCUGAUGUCAGCUGCUCGAGAACCCACCAGUGUGGAAGAAUCCCUCAGUGGUCCCAUAUUGUCAAAAGAAGCCUUUACGGGGGUGACRGUGCCUCUAGUGUAGCCCCCAGCAGCAAAUAUGGGAUCGGUGACUUACUGGCAACCCCCAGUUAUCAAACCAAAGCUGCUGGUUCUGACACACACACAAAUGUGUUGAGUCACAAUGACACAGACUGCCUCAGGUACACACUUACCAGGGGYCCAAAGUUAAUAAAGAAUUCCUCUACAAGGACCUCUGGGAUUCCUUCCCUUUGCACACUACUGAGAAGCGCCAAAACAGAGCACCUCCUAAGCCAGCAUAGCAUAAGGCUGUGCCACAGACAAACCUCCAGAGAUGUCCCCCAAGCCAAACUCAAACAACCCACACAGGAGCACUUGGGGGCGGAUGCAAAUUCCUCUCACUACCCUAAGCCAGACAACCCCACCACCGCCCAACUGACACACACUGACGCCCAAGGCCGGGCCUCCAUGGUGGAUGUGGGCAGCAAGUCUCCCACACGGCGAAGCGCCACAGCCACAGCUACCGUUCAUCUGGGCCCCACCACUUUCCGCCUGCUCCGUGACAACCAGUUAGCUAAGGGCGACGCGCUAGCYGUAGCGCAACUAGCGGGAAUCAUGGCCGCCAAGCAGACUAGCACCCUCAUCCCGCUCUGCCACCCGCUGCCCUUAGACCAUAUCUCCGUCACCUUCAACCUCGACGCCAGCCGACUCGCAGCCGUUSUCACGGCGACUGCCCACACCACAGGCCGCACCGGAGUGGAGAUGGAGGCACUGACGGCGGUCACGGUGGCGGCGUUGACGCUUUACGACAUGUGCAAGGCGGUGAGUCAUGACAUCAUCGUUACGGACGUCAAGCUGGUCAGUAAGACGGGCGGGAAGAGGGACUUCCACCGUGAAACCUGACCUCUAACCCCUGCCCAAAACCUGAUUUCCACACAGCACCAGGUUUGGGAGUCAAUAACAUUUUUUAAUAUUUUUUUUUAGAUAAGUUUAACUCAGGAGACUUCCUGAUUUGACUGAUUUGACAUUGAAAUCGAGCCCCCAAACCUGCAUGGUAUAUCUCCUUUCCGACCCGCUAAUCUCUGAUCACCUUAGAGAGGAUCAAGAAAUGCCUCACUGUAAGUCCUCCACUGAUUUAAGUUUCCAUAACCUAUGUGAAUCAAAUCAGCGUGCCGAUGGCACUGUGCCUGGUAGGCCGUGCCACGACUUGCUGAUACUAUUGGUCCUUCCAUUGUACCAGAUAACAGGGCAUGGGUACGAUCAGAAAUGCUUACUCUGGCUACAUUUAGUUAAAUAUCAGUCGCACACUCUCCCUUAACAUGUAAAAUUGCAGUUUUGCUUUUGCUUUAUUUUAUAGUCAGUUUUUUAAAUCUAAAUCAUUUAUGAAAUGUUCUUACACAGAUUUAGAUUGUGAAUUGUUUGUACGUUGAAAUCCAUGACAACAUUGAUUCAUAAACCUUAAACUUGAUGUGAAAAAAUGAUUCAUUGGAUUUUUUUAAAUAAAAGGGUGAUUUAUUA